GCAGCCACCACACCUCACAUUGCACAACUGAGGUAACCCUCUGUGUUGUCCCAAAAUACGAUAAAUUGAAAUCCUUUGAAGGCCAGAGAAAAUGGACUUCAAUGGACGGAUGAGCAUGGCGCGUUCGUCGCAAGCGCCGGGCGGGGGUCGCAAACAACAAGAACCGGAGGAUGCCUUUAUGAUGCCCGACUCAGAGCUCGCGUUGUGUAUCACAGAGAUCGGUAUCCCGUGCACGGUGGACGACCUUCGCAGACCGAACCCGCAACACGUUCAGAAGAUAUUCGAGUACUUUGCCUACAUCCUGAUGAACAUCACCAGAGACGUCGUCUCGCCUGCGAUGCGCGCCGCAGCGGAGGAAAUCGUGGGGCCGGAUGCAGAUCGGCUGUACAGCGCAGACACUAGAGACCUCAUGGGCUUCUUCGUCAUGCUGCGCAAGCUUUUGAUGGAGUGCUCGAUUGACGACUUCACGUUCGCCGAUCUGUACCGGCCGACAUACGGGCGCGUCACCAAGAUACUGUCUUACAUCAUAAACUUUGUGCGCUGGCGCGAAUCGCAGACGAGCAUCAUCGACAAGCACUUCGACGAGGCGGAGCGUACCAAGCUGCGGGUGCAGCAGCUGUACGCCGAGAAGGAGAACCUGGAAGCGCGCCUCGCCCAGCUGCAGCGCGAGCGGGCCGGGGUCGAGAAGGCGAACAGGGAGAAGGAGCAGCAGUUUGCCGAGCUGAAGCCGAACCUCAAGAACCUGAUCGAGAAGAAGGACCGGCUGCAGGACGAGUGGAACCGGUGCCAGCAGGAUCUCGACCGGCUGAAGCAAGCGUACGAGGAGAAGGCCACGGCGCUGGACGGUCUGCGCGAGGAGGCCAACCGGCUCAAGCCGUACACGCUGCAGAAGCUGGAGACGCUCGAGGCGAACCUGCGCGAGCUGAACGCGACGCUCGCCGCCGAGCGGUCGCAGAUCGACUUUCUCGACCGCAGGACGCGCGCGCUGCAGACGUCGUCCGACUCGUUCGCGACCGUCGCGUCCGACGUCCAGUCGCUGCACCGGCUGCUCUCGGACCUGGCCUCGGACCUGCAGAAGGAGGAGGAGGAGGCCUCCAAGGCGGCGCGGCACAGGGACGCCCUGUCGGAGCGCGCGAACAGCGUCGAGGACGUCGAGCGCCAGGAGCGCAUGAUGCAGAAGCAGCUCGAGAGCAUAACGGCGCGCACGGAGAAGAUGCGGAGGAACGCCGAUCAGAAGAGCGAAGAGGCCAAGGCGCGCAUGGAGGAGCUGAGAGGCGUGAUCGCAGAGCUGCUGAAGGAGAAGCAGGAGACGAGUCGCCAGGUCGAGAGAAGAAAGGUGCGCAUCGAGCAGCUGGAGAAGAAGAUGGCCGAUCUGAAGGAGCAGAUUGAGCUGGAAGUGCAGGCCGCUAAGGAGGAAUACGUGAAGAUGGAAAGUCAUAUCCGAUUAUACAUCAAUGAGAUGGAACAGGCCAUGACCUAGUCUUUUCUUUCUUGGAACAUGUCUUGACCACUCUUCCACAUGAAAAUGGCGUUGGUUGGGUACCGAGGAUUGUGAUGGGACGGUGCUGAAAUGAGAAACUAAGAAGAUACCACGGAUCACGGCACAUACACAGGACGAAUUAACGGUUCUCACUCUUGAGAAAUGCUCUUUCUCUCUUGGUUUGUUGUUAAUAAUAAGACAAAGCCAAUCGGGCUUUCUUGCUCUUUUGCUGAGCGUUUUGGGUCUCGUUAUCCUUGAUGUCGUGAAUCUAACCAUACAUGCAAAGUACCCAUAUAAGCCUGAGACUGUUAUCAGACACCCACCCAAGAAGGACG